CCAGUAAGAAAGGUUGAAAAAGUUCAACAGGGAUUGGGAAGACGCUCCAAAGUUUAGAGCGUUAUGGGGAGCAGACCAAGUUCAGGGGGUUAUAAGCAACAUGCAGAAAGAUCAGGGAGUUAGGUGAAGUUAACCCCUUCCUCGCGUCUACUCUUUUCUCAAUCGAGGCGGCGGCAAACUCUUAAAAAAAACGCAGAGCUAGAAGUUAUUUGCUAACAAAAAUAUUCAAAAAUUUCAAACCCUAAUUAAAACACAAAGUAGGAAGAAGAAGACCCGAUGAGGUUCGCGGUUUCGUCGUCGUCGAAAGCCUGCAGCGGCAACGGCAGAGCUCGCGCGGGCGUUCUCUACCCCGGCAGCGGCGGCGCCAGCGCCUCGAUCGAGACUCCAUCUCUUUUGAUCUCGACUCGCAAGGGUUUGCCCACUUUCAUGUCUAGGGACCUAAUGGCCUCCCUCCCUCUCCCUCACUCUCGCCUCCUCCACGUCAGCCCCCUCAACUUUGUUGAAUGCCCAUCAAUGAAGACUAUUUCCAGUAUUGGAGGGUUACACCAGAUGUUAGGACUUCAAGAUUUUUUCUUUGUAGCUUCUGCAAGAGAUUCAGUUCAAAGUCUUCCAGAAAGUGGAGCGACAAAUAAGCUCGGAGCUUCCUUUGAAACACCCAGUGGCCGUCGUCUGGUAAAACCUUCAGAUUACAUGGAGAUGAUUUGUUCCUUGAAACCCAACUUGUGGGCUAGUUUGGCAGAUGAGGUGCCUGCUUGGGUUUCAGAGAAGAGAAAUAAGGCUUCUGUAGAUCGAACCAUCCGCUGGCUUGAUGAUUGUCUUUCUUUAGACGAGGCAGGUGGGACAUCUAUCUUGGGAUCGAUUGUUGGAGGAUCCAACAUAGAAGAAAGGAAGCGUUGUGCAAUUGAAGCGGCAAUGCGAAAUGUAUCAGGUUUCUGGAUUGGAGGGUUUGGGCAAGGAGAAAGUAUGGAGGAACGACCUGCUUUGCUCAACAUUGUUACGGACAGCUUACCUAAGGAGAAAUUGCGUUAUGUUUCUGGGCUCGCACUUCCAGAAGAGGUCUUACAGGGUGUGGCUGCUGGUAUUGAUCUCUUUGAUUCCACGUACAUUUACCAUCUGACACUUGGAGGCUUUGCUCUUAUCUUCCCACUUGACAUACUUGAGAACAACUCUGCAAAUCAACAACACAGUGAUAUCGGUAGUGACUGCACCAAAAUAAACCUACGAGCAACAAUUUACAGGAAAGAUACAUCGCCUAUUGUAGACAAUUGCACCUGUUUCACCUGCAAGAAUCAUACUAGAGCUUACAUCAAUCACCUGCUUAAUGUUCAUGAAAUGCUUGCUCAGAUUCUAUUAGAAAUUCACAACACUCGCCACUAUAUGGGAUUUUUCCAGUCGAUAAGGGAAGCAAUCAAGUGUGGCAAAUUUGACACUUUUCGCCAAAAUUUUAUUGAUGGCAGACGUGCACAUAUUACUUCUGCUGCAGUAUGCUUGUGAGAUCCCAUGGCUUUCACUCGGAACAAGCUCCUAUUAUUAUCAACAAAAUAGUAGUCAGGUCUUUGGUUACUAUAUUAGUUUUGCUUCAGCAUGACCAUAGUGUGUAAAUGUAAUAUGUUAACACUGGAAGGCAUUAAUUUUGGUACUGAACACAAUGCCUUAGAACAGUUCCUUGCCUUCAGUUGACUGCAACCCAAAUUGUAUUAUUAACUUGUUAUUUAUGACAUUUGCAACAUGUUCUUACCUGUGUUUUCUGGCU